AAGAAGGGACAUCAACACUUGACCAUCCUCAAUUCUCCACUCCAUAACACUGGGAGCAGAUCGGUGUAGCUAAUCAUGGGAAAACAAAGAAUUUCAAGAGAGCAGAUGAAGAAAAGUAAGAAUUCCAUGGGUGCAACUAACGAAGCUGUAUCCAGCGCUUCCCAAAAGAAGCAUCUUAGGUCAAGGAAACCCAAGUUUGAGAUUGGCAAACCAAAGCAAGGAUUUGAUAAAAAGAAAAAGGAUAAGAAAAAGAAAAGGAAGGAGACAUCAGCCACAAAGAUUGAAAAGCUAUUGAAGAAGUUCCCUUUGAUGUUCGAUGAGAUUAGGGCAAACAAUCAGCGCCUGAGAGAACUGAUAGCUGAGAUCAACGCUCACAUUGUCGAUCAGCUUAAUGCUUGGGAUGAAGGUGGCAACCGCUUUUGACUGUUCGAUAUCAGGUGGGAAAGAGGAGAAUACCAACAAGUUUCGACAUCUUAGGGUUUCUCACUUGAAUUCUCUACAUAUCUAUCUAUUUAUUUAUCUACCUACCUACUUAUCUGUUAAGAAUUAUGAAUUGAAAUGGUGUGUUUAGUUAUUGAAAGACAAUCUAUUUGCUUCAUUUGAUUCAAGUGCUUCAAUUUGGGAAAUAAUUAUUUGAUUUC